AACAUAACAACCGUUCAGCAAUGAAGUUUUCACUGCACCAGUGUUGUAUUGUUUGUUUCUGUGGUCAAAUUCUACACUGAAAAUAAAUGAAAAAAAAAAGGAGGGGGAAAAAAGCCCAGUCAUGGCUGUCGGUCCUGCAGGAACAUGGCAGUGGCUCGUAUGGACCCUGUGUGUCUGUGUGUCACUACUACACUAAUGCAUUAACAUCUCGCUUCACACGCUUCACAAGCCCUGGAGCCCAGCCCGCCAAACUGAGCUCUACCAUUCUGAUAAGAGUUUCUCAUUUUUUCCCUUCAACACAUUUCCAACAGGAAGUGGGGGGAGCAUGGGGUCUAUUGUUCACAUUCUGGGGGUGAUCCUGUGUUUCUGGGGAUCAGGAUUCGGCGACACACUCCACGGCGUGGGUCCAUGUGCGGUCAGCAGAAGCAAGGCAUCGUUUGACUGCAGCGGACGAGGGCUUGCAGCUAUUCCCCGUCACAUUUGGACCAAUGUGACGUCACUGGAUCUCUCUGGGAACCAUCUGAACCUGACCCGGCCCGAGACCCUUAAAGAACUGCAGGACCUGAGACGCCUCGUCGCCCUCAACCUGUCAGGCAACUAUCUCCCUCUACUGGCCAUAGAGCAUGUUGACAACCUCCCAUCCCUGGAAAUCCUGGACCUCCGUAGAUGCCAGUUGGUUACCAUCCAGGAUGGUGCUCUGAGGGGUCUGCCCAAUUUAAAGAUGCUUUUUCUGGGGAACAAUCAUCUACAAAGCCCCAUCUCUGCUGGAUCUCCAGAUCUUGAGGGCGUACCAUUCGUGGAUGUCCAUGAUAACCUGGCAUUUCCUUUUGCCUCUGAAGGACUUGAACAGAACCUCGUGAUGCACAGAAGCUUCCACCGCAAACUUCUGACAACCGAGACACCCGUUACAAGCACUGCAGCGAAUGGUACAGAUGACAAUCAAAGACGUCCCUCUGGCAGCUGGAAGUACCUGGUGGCAGUGUUGGUGACAGCCAUCACAAUCUCAAUCCUUAUCGCAGUGCUGGCGAAGUGCAAAGUCAUUCACGAUUACGUAGCGAGUUACCGGCAUUCUCGACUGAGUGAGGCCGACGCAACCAGUCAGGGCGACCCAGCCUCUCUUGAGGUGGGAUUCUCAACACAAAGAGGACAAGGACGUCGCUCUCACAUGGCCAUGAGCCCAGAGGAGGUGGAGGAAGAUGACGACGGUUUUAUUGAAGACAACUACAUUCAAGCGAGUGAUAGAGAGAGGGCAGAAAGAGCAGCAGAGGAAACAGAAGAUGCAGAUGUGGAAGAGGAGGUGUUUACCAUCGGGUAAUGCCAGGAGAGACAUCUAAACAUCCACCAGAAUUUUAAGAGUACCAAAAUAUUGAUUUCUGUUCAGCUGCUGUAGUUGACAGAACUUCUGAACCUACAUAUACCGACCGUAGAUAAAUCCAUUGAGACCGGUCAAACUGGAACCAGUUAAGUUAUUUGCGUCCGAAUGCAUUGUACUGAUGCUUACCAGCUGAAACCAGUGCUAAAACAGUUCCUGAAUCAGUUUGUUCAAGCUGGUCAACUCAAGCUGCUCCACAGUGCUUUCUGGUCUGAGCUGGUCGACACGGCCAGCCACUGGCUGGGUUAUUUACAGCAGGCGAUUUGUAAGGGGAUGAGGGGGGGGAUGCCAGGGGGAUGCCUUGUUGGCAAAAUGACCAAAAGGCAUCCACCUUGUUAACCUGCCAUCCCCCUUAUAUACUCUAUAGAGUAGUGUCAGUGACCACUGGGCCACCCCGCCUGUUAAAAAAUAACAAAUCGCCUACUGGCUAUGUAAUGAACUGGUACAGUGCUGAUUUUGUUGUUCAGCCAGUUUAAGUCAACGGAAAACAAAGAGAUGAGCCAUUUUCAGAUGAUUUUUUUCUUCAGAAGAAUUGAUCGCAUCUUUCUUUUUUCAAUAUGUCACAUUUCACAAAUGUUUCUUAAACAAGUCAAUCAACUGAUGUCACAUCUCUGCGAAAUUUUUUACAUGUUGUAAAAAUAAUUACUUUAUUUUUAGACUAAUGAGUUCCUUAUUCUGUCAAGAUUUGUCCUGAUUAGUUAUAUAUUAGUUUAUUAUUUUAAUGAUGUUACUGUAGUCACAUAAAACGUGACGUUUUUUUCCACUCCAUUGUUAAAUUAAAUAAAGACGCUUGUAUUUAUGGAAUGA